AUGGAGGCCUUCAUUCACUACCUGCCUUUGGGCUUUAUUCGGUCGGCUGGCUUCACGGGGUUGCAGAUCCUCCAACAUGUCUUCACCGCCGACACCAGCGACAGGCUGAACCGCGCCCUUUUCGGCUAUGGUCUGGAUCCGAUGGGCGACACGCGGAGGAAUGUGCUGCUGGCGGGUGACGACAGUCCCGCGAUAUCGUCGAAGAAGGAGAGGAAGACAGACUCCCAGAGCCGCGGCUCCUGCUGA